UGCCGCUCGACGCUAUUGGCCACUUGGAAACUCAGUACUAUAGUAGUAAAUUCUUGAGGGGAGGGGAAGGUAAGAAGGGACAGAAUGUCUACAACAUAGUCAAACACAGUCGAAUUUUUAGGAAAUACUGAUAGGAGCCAAUAAAUAAAAUAUAUUUUCACGUCACUACUGACCAGGUUUAUUUUCUAAACUCUGUCUGCAAAAUCCAAGUAGCCUUUUAUCUCUACUACACACACCGACCCACCCUAAAGUUGCUUUUUGCAAAUAGAACCAAGAUGGCGGAUGUCAGGGACGAUGGAACUCCCAGACAAAGUUAUGAAGAUUUUACCGACUAUCCUCUCCCUCUACGCCUAGUGCAGGCCAACAAGAAAAAAGAAUUUAUCAGCAUGGUUGAUUCUCACAGAGAUAAACGGUCAAUAUUAAACUGUGUUCAUUCGAAAUCGGGAGACACUCCAAUCAUCGUGGCCUCCCGCCAUGGACAUGUAGAACUGUUAAAAUUCUUAAUUCAGCAGGGAGUGGACAUCGAACAGCGUAAUAAGGACUUAAAGAGACCUUUACAUGAAGCAGCUGCUGGCUGUCACUUAGAGUGCGUCAAGCUUUUAAUUUCACAAAACGCGGAGAUUGAUUGUUUGAAAAGAGCGGACUGGACACCUCUGAUGCUAUCAUGUACCAAGUUGAACUUCGAUAUCAUCAAGGUGUUGGCACAAAGUGGAGCCAACUUGACACUGACUAAUAAAGAUGGCUGGAAUUGCUUCCAUAUUGCUGCAAGAUUUGAACCAGGGUCAAUUAGAAAGAUUUUUUCUGUCUGCAGAUGUGGUUAUGCACCAGACUGUCCUGACAGCUGUGGUUCAACACCUCUCAUGGAUGCACUGCGCACAGGACACGUGCUGGUUGCAGAGACUCUUAUCAAGGAACACAAGGCCUCCUUAACUGCUAUGGAUCAGCUGGGCAGACAAGCCAUUCAUUUAGCUGCUCAUGCUGGUUGUAACAAGUCAUUGGAGUACAUUAUUACACAACAUGGUAUGGAUGUCAAUGUCUGCACUGGAAAAUCCAAAAUGGCUCCUCUACAUCUAGCAGCUAAGGAAGGUUAUGCAGAAACUGUCCAGUUUUUGAUAUCCAAAGGGGCAUCCAUAAAUACCCAAGACAAAAACGGAAGAACAGCUCUACACCUGAGCUCAGCUGCCGGACAUGACAAUUGUGUACAUAUUAUAUUACGCUUACAUAACGCCGAUAGCAGCCUCAGGGACUGUUCAGGACAGACAGCGCAGGACCUCGCUCUCAAGCCUGCAGUCCAACGAAUAUUCGAAUCCGUAGCACCGUGACUGCAUCUGUUUAUCACCAUGUGGCUGCGUGACCGGCGUCACGCACUCUCCUCACGGCUCCCGUCAGUGCACAAAUUCCUCUUUGUGUGAUAUACAAGCGAGAAGACGUCAAAAGUGAGCUGCACUUUGUCGAGGAAAUAAGCCUGAGAUCAAAAACAAGGAGCAUGUUCGAUAUUACCUCGUGUAUCACGUGUUGUUGAAAAAGGCGUCAUCUAUCACGUGCAGAGAACGCUUUGAAAUGGUUUCGUGAUUAAACCUUUGUUGGUUAACUUAAGGUGGCUCCAUAGGGUAAUCAUUUGUGGCGUUGCGCGCGCAAGUGUUAUGUUUU